GCGGCGUACUUCCCAUUGGCUGAGGGCGGGGACGGGGGCGGGCCCGGGCCUGCGAUUGGCUAUUGGAGCCGGUGUCGCGGCGGCCCGAGCGGCCGACCAUGGAGGCCUCGACAGUGCUGACCCGGGCCGCGGCGCGGCGGCUGCGGCAGGGGCCUUCAGCCGCGGAGGCGAAGGCUCAGAAGGAGCCGGAUCGGCCGCCCAGGCGGCGGCGGCGGCCGGGGUCAAGAAUCAAAGAGGAUCGAGAAGCAGCAGGAGUCUUUCGGGAAGUGGUCAGUUUCACCCCGGAUCCUUUGCCAGUUAGAUAUUAUGACAAGGACACCACAGAACCUGUCAGCUUUUACUUUUCUUCACUGGAGGAACUCCUGGCCUGGAUGCCCCACAUGGAAGAUGGCUUCAAUGUGGCCCUGGAGCCCUUAGGAUGUCGUCAGCCUCCACUGAGCAGCCGUAGGCCCCGGACCCUACUGUGCCAUGACAUGAUGGGCGGGUACCUGGAAGACAGGUUUAUUCAGGGCUCAGCGGUGCAGAAUCCCUACUCCUUCUACCACUGGCAGUACAUUGACAUCUUUGUGUACUUCAGCCACCACAUGGUCACCAUCCCCCCUGUGGGCUGGACCAAUGCUGCCCACAGGCACGGAGUCUGUGUGCUGGGGACUUUCAUCACAGAGUGGGACGAUGGGGCCCGGCUCUGCGAAGCCUUCCUGUCGGGGGAGGAGCGCUCCUACCAGGCAGUCGCUGAUCAGCUGGUGCAGAUUGCUCAGUUUUUUCAUUUCGAUGGCUGGCUGAUCAACAUAGAAAACUCUCUGAGUCUGGCUGCUGUGAGGAACAUGCCUCCUUUCCUUCGGUACCUGACCACUCAGCUCCAUCGGCAGGUCCCAGGGGGCCUGGUGCUCUGGUAUGACAGUGUGAUGCAAAAUGGGAAGCUCAGAUGGCAGGAUGAGCUCAAUGAGCACAACAGGGUCUUCUUUGAUUCUUGUGACGGCUUCUUCACCAACUACAACUGGCGGGAAGAACACCUGGAGCGGAUGCUGGGCCAGGCAGGGGAGCGACUGGCUGAUGUGUACGUGGGAGUGGACGUGUUUGCUCGGGGAAACGUGGUCGGAGGCAGAUUUGACACAGACAAGUCACUGGAGCUGAUCCGAAAGCAUGGCUUCUCAGCGGCUCUGUUUGCCCCUGGCUGGGUGUACGAGUGUCUGGAGAAGAGUGAUUUCUUCCAGAACCAGGACAAGUUCUGGAGUCUGCUGCAGCGCUUCCUGCCCACACAUAGCAUCUGCUCCCUGCCCUUUGUCACAUCUUUCUGCCUGGGCAUGGGGACACGAAGAGUCUGCUAUGGCCAGGAGCAGGCCGUGGGGCCCUGGUACCACCCGAGUGCCCAGGAGACACAGCCCCUGUUUGGUGAGCACACGCUGCCCGGGGCUGGCAGAGGCUGGCUGAAGAUGCACUGCUGCCUGGCAGAUGCCUGGCAUGGGGGCAGCUCCCUGCUCCUGCGGGGCGUGAUUCCGCCUGAGGUUGGCAAUGUGGCUGUGAGGUUGUUUUCCCUGCAGAUCCCAGUGCCUCCCAGAAUAUUUCUGUCCUUGGUGUAUAAGCUUGAAGGGUCCUCGGACGUCAGUGUUGCUUUGGAGCUCACUACGGGGGAUGCUGGCACCUGUCACGUUGGCAGCAUCUCAGUGUUGAGUGCAGAAGCAGGUUCCAGGCAGAGCCUCCGGCCCCUCCAGGUGCCCCCGGCCAAGCUGGCCAGAUGGGCAGGCCGCUGUGGCCAGCCGCUCAGCGGGGGCUGGAUCCAGCGCUGCUACGAGGUGAGCCUGCGCAGGUGCCUCCUGCGGGACCUCUUCGUGAGCUUCUCACGACCUCCAGGGAGCCGGGAGGAGGAGAGCUUCACAUGCCGCCUUGGCGAGAUCCAGGUGGUGGACGCUGACAGCCUGCUGGCCCCUCUGCCCCAGGUGCAGGACGUGGCUGUCUCCCAGGUCCGUUGGCAGCGGCCUCCCUCUGAGCCACAGAGCCGCCCGGCCCCGCUCAGGCUCAGCUGCAUUCUGCACUGGUCCUACCUCCUCCUCCAGGUGCGCUGCUUCCGAGUCCACUGCUGGGGAGGGACGAGAAGUGACUCUCCCAGCAGGGAGCCUCCAGGGCCAGAGAAGCCCAUGUUCCUGGGCCUGGCUUUUGCCAACCAGUACCGGGUGGUGGACUUGGUGGUGGAGGCUGCUGGGCCUGGCCGGGAUGGCCGUGUGGAGUUCCUGGUGGAGCCUGUCCCCAGGGAGGGCUUCCUGGUGCCUCAGGCAGAGUGGGGCAGGGCGGCCCUGCUCUAUUCUGCCCCAGCGUGAGCCAGCCCAAGCAGAACUCCUCACUCAAGAUGCCAGUGUUUUUCGAUGACUGCCAAGGGCUGCACUGGGGUCCCACUGAGUAAGGGCAGGUCCUGGGAGGGCCGCUCCCCAGACUUCGGCUGUGGCUUUUCAGUGUGGGCAUCGGUUACAGGAAGCAGCUUGCUGACUGAUGGUCUUCAGUUCAUAGCCAGGCCUGCUGUUUGUGGGACCCCUCUCCACAGUGUGUGGUUCCCAGGGUAAAAGGAAAGGAUUUGGGAGGUUUUGCCUAGAAAGUUCCAUAAAGGGUAUUUCCUAACAGACUGAAAGGCUUUUAUGCUGAGAACAGUGAACUUUUGUUCCUGAAGAUCCAACAGAAAUUGUGGUAGGGGGGAUCUGGAGCAGAGCAAGGGGCUUGGCUGAGGUCUUCUGAGGUGGCCCUCAGGAUGGGGCAGGAAUGAGGGGUGCCUGCAGGGUCCUGGGGGAUGGAGCUCAGGGCUGGCUGGCUCUGCGUCACACCCCCAGCUGGGGAAGGUUGGCUACCACUGACCAGACCACUGCUGCAGCCGGCAGGCCUUGGCUGUGUGGCGUCUCUUCCGGGCGACGGUCUCAGGGAGCCUGUGCUUAGGCAGUGUGGCUGGGGCACCUGCCAGGCCCGAGCGCUCUGCUCUCCGCCUUCCCCUGCCUGGCAGCUGUGGCCCGUUGACACCAUCUCUGGGCCCCGUGGUGCAGCAGUGUCCACACUGUACUUCCCAUGCCUGCCUGGAGUCUGCUGCGAUUGUGGAUGGGGUCAGAGGUUCUCAGGGGUGUCACCCCCAGGCUGCAUAGGGCCACUGGUGGGGUUCACCUUCCCCGCCCCUGUCCUCCUCCUAUGUUCCCAGAUUUGGCGCUGGGGACUGGGACGCUAAGCCCAGCUGGGGGUCUUACCUGGGGUGGGGGUCUGAGGACUUUUCCCUGUAGUAAGGGGGGAGGCUGCCAGGUGGCAGGGUAGGGACUGGCUGACUGGGUGCUCCACAGCAGACUAAGCCUGGCGGGCAGGGCCUCUCCUGCAGCGGCUAAGCUCCGCCCCUGCCCCUCCCUGUGUUCCCUGGUCCUCUGUGCCUCUCUGGAGGGGAGCAGUUCAGUGCUCCUUCUUGACUAGGAAGGUUCUUCCACGUCUCCCAAGGGCCAACCAGCUGUCACAUGGACAAGUGAGCGCCCAGGACUCAGGGCAGAGCCAUGUCUCUGCUGACCGAUCCAAAACUGAGGUCAACAGCACUGGCCCUCCUGUGUUCUGGACUGCUUGGGUGGACCGUUCUGGGGACAGGGCGCCAGGCUGCCGCUGCCCCAGCCGCCCCGUGCUCUGCUCUCCACUUUCUCUGCUUUGGAUCUGCAGUUUCUCCGGGGCCCUGAAGCAAUUCAGUUCCCCCAUUUUGCCCCCAGGGGACCUGGCCUCAGCCCCUGUGCCCAGAGGAGGAGUCAGUGGGUGCAGGGCAGGCUGACUGCCUGAAGCCCAGCAGCAUUAGUGCCCUGCGUCCCUCGUUUCCUGAGGUCUGGCUUUUUUUAAAGUGCUGGUUCCUCCAAAUAUUUUAUGUGGAGAAGAAGGGAAAAUUUAUAGUGGCAAUUAUUUUCUCACAGUCUGGUGAGCAAGCAAUUAGAAGUGAGGGGGUUAGCAGAGCAUGGCACGUGGCAGAACCACGCAACCCCACUCCCCAGGAGUACUGUCCCGGUCCCGACAAGAUGGACCUCUAUGCAGGAAAAUUAAUCUGCCGGCAUUUAAGCCCAGGCCCCUCUGGUGGGUGUAAUCACUCUGAAAUAAAUUAU